UGCUGAGUGCGGACGUACCGAAAUAAAUCGAACAACGCUGUGAGCGAUCAGCAGUACGGUGCUUGCUGAAUGCGACAGCUUCGUGUUUAGGCAUGAUUAAAACGAGUUGUUGCUUUUCGUGGCAUUGCGCGAAAAGGAAACCGUGAUACGUGCUGAAAGACUGGACAACAGCUCAACACAACUUGACGUUGCUCGCUGCCGAAGUUACGGAUGCAUAUGGAGGUGUCCCCGAACCGGCGCUGUCUGAACCAGCUCAACAGCUGAUCGGAGUACGAAGCGGCGGUGAACGGGGCCACUACUGCACCAACACCCCGCGAAGAAUACAAAGGGAGUCUUGUUAUACUGGUUACCAGCAAGCUUAAUUAAAUUUACUGAACAACCUCAGUGUCCUGUGAGAAGUAAGUGGAGGAGGAGGAGAAAGAGGGCAAAGCGUUUAGCUUAUCUGGAUAAGCCAUCAUGGUCAAAACUUUUCAAGCGUACCUGCCCUCAUGCCAUCGCACUUAUUCGUGUAUUCACUGCCGUGCUCACCUCGCCAAUCACGACGAACUCAUUUCUAAGUCCUUCCAAGGCAGUCAAGGACGUGCUUACCUCUUUAACUCAGUGGUGAACGUGGGUUGCGGUCCUGCCGAGGAACGAGUUUUAUUAACCGGCCUCCAUGCUGUAGCUGAUAUCUAUUGCGAAUGCUGUAAAACCACCUUAGGGUGGAAAUAUGAGCACGCAUUUGAAUCGAGUCAGAAAUACAAAGAAGGCAAGUUUAUCAUAGAGCUUGCUCACAUGAUCAAGGAGAAUGGAUGGGAAUGAACCAUGAAGGGGGAUCAAAUCCCCUUUCUCCUCUCAGCAAAAAAAAACCGUUACCCAGAAAUGCCUACGAUCUUGUAAUUUUGACCUCCCUCCCCCAACCCCCUCUUCUACACCCCCCCCCUUUUCCCACUCUGUCAAAACCACCAACGAAAGUCUGUGAUUUCAUUUGUGAUUUAUAAUCUUAGUAAUGUUUCUGUUUUUGGACAAUUUGAAGCCGAUUUUACGUUUUUCUGAUUGAUCCAACAAUAUUAUUAUAUUAUUAUAUUAUUAUUAUUAUUCUAAUUAUAAUAAUAUAUAUGCUACGAUAGCGACCGUUUCGCAAGAGAGUUAAAAACAAAAAUUUUCGCGCAACAGUCACCGAAGUAUUGUACAAAAAUUAUUUUUCAAAAGAAUAUAAAAAAGAAAAAACAAAGUAAAAGAGGAAGACAAGAAUUUGAUAACAAAAAAAAAAAUAGGAAACAAAAUAAAGAAGAGAUAAAGAUUUAAAAAAAAAAAGGCGACGACGUAUUUACAAAGAUAUAUAUGGUGAACAUGAUGACGAAGGUGCCAUGGUGGGAAUAAAAUUUCGAGAAAGCUCCCAAACACGAGCUCUGGGGUGCCCUCCUUGAUAAUUUUUUUUUUUAAAUCCUUUAUUCAGGAGAAAUGAAAAAAAAAAAUUUCACCUGCGGGGGCACCCCGAAAAAAAUUCGACUUUUUCGUACACAUAUAUAUAAAUAUAUGUCAUGUAUGCAAUGGAGCAGCGCAAGUGCCACAGACUUUGCUGGACUGAUUUGCCUGCCUACCGCGUCUAUCAUUGGAAUUUCACUGCCGAAUAUUCCUAAUAUUAAUUGAGAGUUUGCAUCUGCAUUUAGGCAGAUGCAAAACGUAGAUUUAGUUUUAUUCUAUACAUUACAGCGUAAUUAAAAACCUGUACUAUAAUAUUAUAAGAUUCGUAUAGAAACGUUAAGCUAAAUUAGAAUCUAAGAAUAAAAGAAAACUGGAGAGCGAGAGAGAGAGAGAGAGAGAGAGAGAGAGAGAGAGAGAAAUAAUAACAGAUAUACGAGAAAAGGUCGUGAAUGUAUUAGAAAAAAAUUCUAUUGAAAAUUUGUGUGCUCGGAUUUUUAUUUACUGCCUGCCAAAUUUUGUCUGAUUGUCUGCCAGUUGCCACACUAAAGUUAAUAUAAAAAAAAAUAGUUAUGUCGUCUAGCGUAACGUGUUAAUAUCGUAAUUACAUCUCAUUGGCUCUGCAGGGUGUGACACGAGACUGAGUCUUUUCCCAUUCAAUCAUUAUUCAAUCGCCAAUCAUUCUCAAAAAAAAAAAAUAAAUAAAAUCAAUUUCCA